CAUUUCCAGCUACCUGGGUCACACUCUGGACUGAGGCACCAUGGAGAGAGCAGUGGUGCAAGUCAUCCUCUUUGGCCUGUUGCUGGCUUUUGCUGCCGCUCUGCCAAACAAGGACGACUGGGACAUAUACAGCUUUCACAUUAACUCUACUGUGGCCAGUCGUUAUGCCACCACUGUCAUCACAAGCCGUGUGGCCAAUCGUAUGAAUGAGUCAAAGGAAAUUGAAUUCCAUGUCCAGAUUCCUAAGAAUGCCUUCAUCAGUAAAUUCAAAAUGCUUAUUGAUGGUGAAGUGUAUGAUGGUGUUGUUAAAGCUAAGGAGCAAGCACAGCAGCAGUACACUGAAGCAGUGUCUCGUGGCCAAAGCGCUGGGAUUGUCAGCUCUGUAGGUAGAACGCUGGAGGAAUUUAAAACAUCUGUAAAUGUAGCUGCUCACAAAAAGGUGACUUUUGAGCUCACAUAUGAGGAACUGAUGAAACGCACACACGGCAAAUAUGAGCUGCAAAUCCAUGCCCGGCCCAUGCAGCCUGUCAAAGACUUCAAGGUCGAUGUGUAUAUUCACGAGAAGGCCGGCAUCAGUUUUGUCGAUGUGAAAGGAGGACUAAGCACCAAAGCCCUGGCUAAUGCCAUCACCAAAACCAAAGCAGAUGAACAGGCAUGGGUGCACUUCUAUCCAACUGUGGACCAACAGAAAGUCUGUGACAGCUGUGGCGAGCAUGGUCUGAAUGGAGAUCUGAUUGUUGUUUAUGAUGUUAGCAGAGACUCUGGACUGGGAGAAAUCAAGACAUCAGACGGGUACUUCAUCCAUCACUUUGCUCCAGCUAGUAUUCCCCGAAUAUCAAAAAAUGUUGUCUUUGUUAUUGAUCGAAGUGGCUCAAUGCAAGGCACAAAAAUGGAACAGACCCGGAGAGCAUUAAUCCAUAUUUUAAAUGACCUGGCAGAAGAAGACUUCUUUGGUCUUAUUACUUUUGAUGGCCAAAUAUUUCACUGGAAAAAAGAACUUGUUCAAGCCACCAGUGGAAAUCUGCAGAAGGCCAAAACAUUUGCUGAGACUAUUGAGGCCAGAGGAGCUACAGACAUUAAUACCGCAGUGCUGAAGGGAGCAGAAAUGCUGAAUGCACAUCCCAGAGAAGAUUCAGCAUCUAUCCUUAUUCUCCUCACAGAUGGAGACCCAACCUCAGGAGAGACAAAUAUUGAGAGCAUACAAUCAAAUGUAAGACGGGCCAUUGCAGGCAAAUUUCCUCUCUACUGCCUCGGUUUUGGGUUUGAUGUCAAUUUUAAUUUCCUUGAGAAAAUGUCGCUGCAAAACAACGGUGUGGGAAGACGAAUUUAUGAAGACUCUGAUGCUGAUUUACAGCUGACGGGUUUCUACGAAGAGGUGGCCACUCCUCUGUUGACGGAUGUGACAAUGAUCUAUUUGGGAGGAACCAACUUGACCCAGACUAAUUUCAGUCAGUAUUAUAAUGGCUCUGAAAUUGUUGUGGCUGGUCAGAUCACUGACAACAACAUUGAAACCUUCAUUCCACAAGUUGUGGCAGUUUCAAGGAAUGGAACGAUGACAUUUUCUAACACAAAGACCUCCACGGUGACCCCUACUGGAACAGUGUCUGAAGGCCUCCUCCAGAGGGUUUGGGCUUACCUCACAGUCAAACAGUUUCUGGAGAAAGAGCUGCUGUUGUCUGGAGCAGAGAAAGAGAAAGUGAAGAAAGAGGCUUUGGAGUUGUCCUUAAAGUACAGCUUUGUGACCCCACAUACAUCCAUGGUGGUCACCAAGCCUCAGGGGGAGAACACAGACGUGCUUCACAAACCUAAGGAGGGGGAAAGAUCAUCACAAGAUCGGCAAUAUCAUAUUGGGCAUAGACAACCAAUGAGGAGCCCCACACGUUCUGGUGGUCGUUGGUCUACAGUAUCUGCACAAAGUUACUUUGGAGGAGGUUAUCCAAGUUAUCCAGGUCUUUACGGUUUUCACGGUCUUCCCGGUCCUCCUUCUCCUGUUUCCCACAGAUUUGUGCUGAAAACAGAGAAUCAGUCUCCUUCACUUUGCUUUGACAUUCAUGGAAGGGUCCUCCUUAAACUUCUUCACGAUCCCAGCAAAGAGCUGUAUGUGAAUGGUAAGCUGGAUUCAGUAAAAAAUGGAGGCUUCAAAAAGAUUGUCAUCCAUGUCCAAACUGACCUGCUUGUCAAGGUUGACACAAAUGAAGUUACUGUCCAUGAAGGACAGGCAGCGGCACGUACAGUUGGAGAAGAUCCCGUCACAGUUGGAAGUUUGACUGUAAUCAAUCGUGGCAAUGAAAUAGAUAUUGCAGUCGGAGAUGUGCGCAUUGUCAUCUUAGUUCACGGGAACAACAACAAAUUCCUUUGGCCCGUUUUAAGACAGAGGCCAUCUGCCGACAGUACUGAAGGAAUUUUAGCUUUGAAGCCAGCUGUCUAUCAGGAGGUACAACAAGUUACCGGAACCAAACUGAGGAUCAAUGAUCAAGAAAUUCAUGUCACGAGUUCCAGUGCUGUUGACUACAGUACCAGCUCUUCUGCACAAAUUCGCUGCUGGCUCAUUUCAGCUGACUUCGUCCUGCAGAGACCUGUGAAUGAUUUUGUUGUUGCCAAACUUUAAUUUGGAAUGAUUUGGAAUGAUUUGGAAAGCAUGCAUUUCAAAAGACAAAAAAAAAAAAAAAAAAUGCCAUAACACAUUACUACAAUACA